AAAAUUAAACUUCUUGCGUUUUCAGUGAAAAAUGGACAUAGCUAAAUGGGUAGAACAUGCAAGGACUUGUUACAGCACUCAACUUGACACUAAAAUCAAAGUUAUUGGAGUUAUUGGAAAAGACUAUCCGGAUCACGGAAAAGGAGAUAAUAUUAAUUGUUAUUUAAGGGAAAAUGUUUUCCCAGUGGCUGCAACUGAAGAUGAGACUUGUACGAUUCGCGGUCACUUCUCCGAAGACGAUCAGAUUUUGUUUCUGGUGAUGAAUGGUGUAGAUGACGUCGCGAACAUUCGAAAAUGUCUAAAAUCAAAUCCAAAAUCGAACUAUUUCGAUGCGAUGGCUGAAAGUGAAUGCCAACAAAUCCGAAUGCUGCAUUUUUUGUUUAUUUCGUGUCAUUUUAUCAUUAUUUUUGAGCAAACAUCAAGAAUCGACUUGGAACUCAUGAGAUUUUUAAAAAAAGUCAACUCGGCGAGAAUUCAGCUGCGAAAGAAAAUAAAUCAACGUCUGGUUGCUUCGGAUCUUCGCGAUGUCUCUUUUAAUAAUCGAAUUUUGUCAUCUGCAGAAUCUGAGGGUCGAAUGGUUGUGCCACGUCUUUUGAUUGCUUUCCAGCGGAAUAAUAUCCGGCCAGACGUGAAUCCCGGCAAAAAGCUUCAGCGUGAACUCUACGAAAAACUGGAGAAGAACCUCGAUAAUCAAUUCAGCGACAUUCUGAAGCUCUACGACCUUAUCGAUUGCGGAGCAUCAUCCUUAUGCCAGCUGAACGAAACAAUACCGGUCGUCCAUCUUUUGAAUCCAAAAAUUGUAAAAAGAGAUAUCAUCGGAGAAAUGUUCGAGAUUCUGAUGGCCGACGCUGAAAAUACGAAAAUAUCCGGAAACGCCGGAACACUUCCCAGCAACAAUUCGUUCGUCAAAUUUUUAGAGGACAAUUUUCGCUCGGAGAAAAACGAAAUUUCUCUGGAAAACGUGAUCGAAUUGAUGAACUGCCUACAGUGUGUUCUCGAUGGUGAUUUGGAGGAAAAACACGAGAAAACUGCCAUUCAAACAUUUAUCAAAAGAAUUCAAAAUGACCAUAUGGAAGAAGCUCGACGACUUUACACUAAUGCUCAGCGGCCAGGAGAGAGACGGGGUGCGGAUCGGUUCAAAGAUUCUGAAAAACCGGUGAAAAUUCGAAGCAAGGAGGAGCACUUGAUGAGGUUCAACGAAGCCACUCAUUACAUCGAUUCAGUUGUCGGGGUGAAUUCACGUGAAGCGCUGUCUCAACUUCAGGCUCAAUGCAAUGAGAUGUGGCAAUCCGAUAUGCGUGCAUGCGAAUCUGUCUCAAUGAUGGGCCGCUCGUGUGUUCGGAAAAUCCAUCCCACAUUUGGUGAUCAGACGGCUCCCGAGCACCGCUGGACCGCGCAUGACGCUUCAAACACGAUGAUUUCCACGUGUGUCUGCGGACGGAAACAACUGAUACGUCCUGAACCGUUCUCUGUUAAAGAAGCGAAUUCCGAUUUUUAUGAUCACCCGGAUUUCAAGUGCUGUAGGCGAUUGUGGAGAUAUCAGUUUCAGUUAUAUCAAGAGGAUUCUGAGGAGAAGGAUGACAUCAUGUGGGCUGACCGAGAGUCAAAUUCUCUCCGAGCCGCGAAAAAGAUGGCUCAGCGCGAAGACGAGUUAGCCGAGGAAGAUACUGACCUGGAUAUUCCUGAAAGCCUGUUGGAUCCCGAUUCAACGUCACCAUCUGACGAAGAUGACGUCAGAGUUAGAACUAUGAGCAGUUCAGAGUCUUCAUCACAAGAAUCGGAUGCCUACCUUCGUCCGACGAGUCGCCGCGAUGAAUCUAUGGCAUCGAAAACUGAACGAGAAUUGACUAUCGACCACGUGAAGCGGAUGCAAAAGCUCGAACUCGCUGGAAAAUCAGAAGAUUUUCUGAUCACUGUGCCCAACUCGAUGACCACCGGAAAGCUGCCAAUAUUUCCAUCGUGGCAUCUAACGUCACUUGGUGACUCGAGUAUUUACAGUCAUGGAGCUGGACUUAAGAAUCAACCGAAUUUCAAAAUUGGGGGAGAUUAUUUAUCGCCUGUAGUUGUUCUAUUAGAUGUGAACUUCGACGUCUGGAACCGCGAUCUGAACAAAAUUCGAAGCGAGGAUUUCAGUCGAAAGUGCGGAAAAGACAACAAGGACGACUCGGCACGUGUCAAACUUUUUGUUGGAUUCGAAUAUGAAUGUUCCCGUGGUCACCGCUUCUUUGUGGACUACAACGGAGAACCGCUCAUCUACUCGAAAGGAUCGAAUGUUAUCAGAGAAUCCGCGCACCGAAGUUCGUUGGGAAAUGUCCUCCAGGCUGAUCUUCCGAUUAGAAGACCAUGUACGUGCCGGAAGCUUCCACUGCAAUCCGCACAACUGCAGAAGGUUCAUGUGGUGACUCCAAAAGCACCAGUUCAUAUUACUAUUGAUCCGAAAGUUUUGAUUCCAACUCACGAAGGCGUCUAUGGAACUGGACAGGAGCCGCUGGAACUUCAUCAUUCAAAAUACUACAUCCUCCACCUGCCAACUGUCUACUCUGGUCCAUCGGGAGCCUGGAUGCCCGGAGAGUUCAAUCCUGAAAAGCAAGGUGUCUGGAUGGGCGGAGCGCUGAAAGUCGCCUACAAACCUGUGAUGUCGUUCAAGUGGUGAUUGUUCUCGUGUGAUUUAUGUGUAAAUUCCGAAAUCUAUUGCUUUUUCCUAAAAAAAAUAAAUUGGAUUGUUCCUCAUCUCGGCAAACCAA